CAGUGUGUUUACUUCAUGGACCUCGGCAAUAACAACAGCUGUGACCCUAAAGUUGAAGGAAUUAUGAUUACCACAGCUGUCCGUUGGCUUUUCCUCGUGUUUGUUAUAAUUCUGACUAUUGGUGGUAAUGUAAUGGUGUGCUUGGCUGUGGGACUCAGCCGGCGACUAUGGAGAAUUGCAAACUGCUUUGUGGUGUCUCUGGCGGUGGCAGAUCUCCUCCUUGGCUUGCUGGUGCUGCCAUUAUCUGCCUUUGUGGAGCUCCAUGGUGGGAAAUGGCCUUUCGGAGGAACUCUGUGUAACAUCUACAUCUCGCUGGACGUCAUGCUGUGUACGUGCUCCAUUCUGACCCUCCUCGCAAUCAGCGUGAACCGAUACCUGGCCAUUUCGUCUCCCCUCAGCCACUCGCGGAGAGUUACCCGUCAAAGAGUGACCCUGGCCAUCAUCUCCAUCUGGGUGUUGUCUUCCGCAGUGGCCUUUGUGCCUAUUAACCUGGGCUGGAACACAGCAGACUACAACAUACAGCACUCCGACUGGGGGAUGGGAGACGAGGACAAAGAGGGACGCUACUGUCAUUUUGAGUGGAAUAACAACUAUGUUCUAAUAUACGCCUUUGUCUCGUUCUACUUGCCCCUGUUGCUCAUGUGUGGGAUGUAUCUUUGCAUUUUCAAAGUGGCACGAGAACAGGUUCGGCGUAUUCGCGCCACUACUCCAGCAUUCGUCCGCUCAGCAACUGCAACCAUAGCGAGAGAGCACAAAGCCACAGUGACGCUAGCAGCUGUGUUGGGGGCUUUUGUCAUCUGUUGGUUCCCCUACUUCACCUUUUUCACAUGCAAGGGCAUUAAAGAAAAGGCAAAUCCCCCUAAUAUAUUUCAUUCCAUCGUCCUGUGGUUGGGUUAUUUCAACUCGACUCUUAACCCCAUUUUGUACCCAGCCUUCAACAGGGACUUCCGUCAGGCCUAUGGAGAGCUGCUUCACUGCAGAGGACCUCAGUGCAGAAAACUGCAGUUUACGCGUGUGCCUUUGGACAAACGACUCGCCUUCGUGAAUGAAUUCAGGGUCUCCCAACAGUCUCAGAAACACAUAGACACAGCUAAGAUUGAAACCGAGGACAAUAACCUCACUUAGCAUAAGAUGGACGGUGUCCAUGGUGAGCCAUGAUGAAAGUACUGUGGGAACUGUUUCAUUGGUGGAUGUUAAUACAAAGAUUUUAACCAUUCACACUAUCAGACCAGCAGGUGAGUUGGAUUCUUGGUGACUAGUGCCAUAUAUUAUAAAUUCAAGGCAAAAAGACAAUGAAUGUUACACAGCUUUUUUUUGUUAGUGAACUGGAUUGAACAAAAUGUUAAAUGUGGAAGUCUAAUGUCUGAUGAAGAGGGCACAUUUCUUUGCUGAUUCCUUAAAAUCACCCACUUGGUAAAGUUUGCUGUAUUGGAAUGCAUUUGUUACAGUUAAUCUUUUAACUUAACAGAGCGGAAUGGAUUUCUAACCUGCUCUUUUUUUCAAAAAUCCAUAGAGGUACAGUUUGUUAAAAGUUGGCAGAGUGUUUAUAUUCUCUCCCCUCCAGUCCUGCCAAUGACUGUGAAUAAGUGACCAGAGAGUUUAUUUAAAAUGCAGAACAUGUUUAUGUUUGACAUGACCUGAAGUUGGAUAACCUAAAGGACUUCCUGGACAUUUUAACAGAUGAAGUGCAUCUGAACGAUACGUACUGUCACAAAAGUACACUUGAUUAUGCUCAACAAUAGUAAGUAAAGAAUAAUAUUAUCUCAAUAUGAAAUGCAAAUUCAAAUUGUGAUACCUGUAAUCCACUUUAUGUUGGUGACACUGUUGGUAGACAAACGAUUUUGUACAAAGGUAAAUUAGUCUUAUUUGUCAAAAACAACACCUAACUGGAAACAAGUAAAUAAAUGCACAACAUAAACGUAAUAAACUAAUUUGCACUUAAUUAGGUAAUAAUAUCUUCACUUUUAAUACAUCUGUAUACUCCGUAAGUAUUUCACUUGUGUUUGGAGAUCUUGUUGCCCCUUGCUGUUGAGGAGGGAUUUCAACUGAAGAAUAUAAUUCAUUUAUUGGAAUUUGCCCGCACCAGAUUAUGCAGAGGAACUUACAUGUACAUAUUGAUAUGAAUGGAAUGACCGGGAGAAGACUGCUUUUGCAGUCUAAAAAGAACAGUGCAAUUACACAAACAAUUUAACUACAAAAAGUUACCCUACACUUUAGUUAACAACAAGGUAUAUUUACCUUUGACUCAGUCUUUUCCUAAUUCCAUGUAUGAAGUAUGUAUGAACGUCAUCCACACGUGUUGUCUAUAUGCAAAUUCUUGCAUAUGCAUUUGUUACAUCCGCAUUUGUUUUUCUUUUCUGCAACAUGACAUCUCAUUGUCUCCUUCAAUGUCUGCAAAAGACCCAAAUUUGUGUGUGUACACAUGUGAACUUCACCUGAGGCAUAUUUUAGUGCCUCAAGCUCAAGGUGGCUAACAGAUUUUGACAUGUCAAACUUCAUAAUUAGCUCAGUGGUAAGCUGUUAUUGGGGCAAACUUUUAAAAUUAACAACAAAAGGAGACACACAUGAAAGUUUAAGUGGUAAAACAGAUUUAGUGUCCACUCUGCAUCGGAGCUUGACAAACGCUCUUUGAAUUGUGUUAAUGUUGUGCUGUCACAUUAGGGGAAAGUCUGUGCUGUGGACCGCUCUCCGGUCGCUGCUGUUGCUGAUGCUUUAGCUUUUCAACGCUUUAGAAAGUCAAAAGGGAUCAUGUUU